AUGUUACAACAAAAUGGUGACCUUGCAUUUCAAACAUGUCGAGAAAUUUUUCGUUGUUAUUCAAAAUCAACAGUUAUACAAAAUUUAUUUGCCUUAACAGCAACAAUAACACCAAGUGUUCGUUUACAAAAAUUUUGUGUACGUUCAUUACAAAAACGACCUAAUUCACCAAUACUUCAUCAUAUGGUUGGUAAUUUUGCAUUAAUUGGUGGAACAUAUCGUUUAGCAAUAAUUCAUUAUAUGAAAUUAUUUCGUUUAACACCUGAUGAACCACUUGUUUCAUUAUUACUUGCUAUUUCAUUUGUGCAUGUUGCUUGUCAAAAAUAUGCUUAUUCAAGACAUCAACGUGUUCUACAUGCACUUGCUUUUCUUAAAAAAUAUAGAAAUAUACGUGGAGAAUGUACAGAAACAUAUUAUAAUAUAGGUCGUUUAAUGCAUUUUCUUUCGUUACAUUAUGCUGCUGCCUAUUUUUAUCAUAAAUGUUUAGAAACAGAAUCACCUAUUAUUGAUAAUAAUGAUAUAUAUGGAUUAAAAUAUCAAGCAGCUUAUAAUCUUGCUUUAAUUUAUAAAGCAAGUAAAAAUGAAAAAUUUGCUCGACAUAUUAUUCGAACAUAUAUGACUUUGUAA